UACUUUCAAAUAAAACUAUAUGUUUAUUGAUAUUCUUAGUAUUUGCAUGUUUUGUUUAACUUAUCUAAAAUAUAUAAUGUACUUUUAGUACUUGGAAAAGCGUGUAGGGACUUGCAAGCGUUUUGAGCAUAAGAAAUUUAAAAAUGAAAUGUUUGGCAUACUUAGUGGAUGUCCUAAAGGCAAGGCGACCACUAUUGUUCUUUGUGGAGAAGACAAGCUUGUUGAAGAAGCAAAGGAGUAUUUUCUUGAUAUGAUCCCUGGGGUGAGGGCUGAAAUGAAGGAAAACGCAUUAGUUGCUGGUGGUUCUGCAUUAUAUGACAAAAUAAUCAAGUAUGUAUGCAGUGAGGCAAACCGUGAAGAAGACGCAAACUCAAAACUAAUUAUGGAAACAUUUGCCGAAGCAAUUCGGGCUCUUUCAGUCAAAUACACAAGUCAGGAAAAUGCAGGUGCUCUUGGUGAGGGUGACACUUUGUGGGAGCCAUCAUCUGUAAAGAGUUCUGCCAUUUAUCUUGCUGUUCAUGCUGCCUGUCAUCGCUUUUCAUCUCUCAAAUAGAUGAUGGAGCGACAAGUUCAUAACGGAAGACAAAACGAGAAAGAGGAAAAGAUGCUGAGCUGGUUUGAAGAUACUACCGUAGUACCGCGACAAUGUUUAUGUGCUUAUAUUUAGUAUUUAUCAUGUUGACUUUGACUAAUUACCUACUUAAUCACUUCCUUGUGAAGCACAAUUGGUUAUAUACUACUCCCAAAGCCCUUUAUUAUGUAGUCAUUUUUAUCUAGAUAUGCAGUAUUUACCUUUUGAAGUAUUUUGUGGGUUUUCCGAAUCUUGUAUGUUGUCGGCGGAGCCAUGGUUUUGCUAUUAUGCUAUACCAUUGUCAUGGUUUUGUGCUUG